AUGAAGGUUCUAACGCUCCUUGUAUUGACGGCCCUUGUGGCGGUGGCCGUGGGACGGCCGAACGGCGGUUUGUUCGGAAACUUUGGCGGAAACUGGAUCAGAAGAUUCGGUUGGGGCUCGGAUGACACCGAGGCGGUUAAGGCAGGUUCCGGCAACUGGAAUGAUGGUCAUAACCAGGGUCAAUGGAACGGCAAUGGUCAUGGUCAGAAUCAAUGGAACAACAAUGGUCAUGGUCAGGGUCAUUGGAACGGAAACAGUAACCAUGGACAUGGACACGGUCAUGAAAACAACCAUGGUCAUGGUCAUGGCCACGGACACGGCGGUCAUCGCCCACCACCGCCACCACCCCCACCAACGGAGGAGGACAUUGCUUCCACCACCGAAGUGACUAAUCCCACCGAGGAAUCUACUCUGGCCCCCGAAACCCCAGAGGUCUCCACCACUCAGGUUCCGGAAGAAGUCACCACAGACGGGGAAGACGGUAGCGGAUCUUCAGAAGAUACCACUCUGGCUCCUGAAGAGUCUACCACUCUGAGCCCCGAAGAGGGUGAGACUUCGAAGAGUCCAGAAGAGAACACCACGGAACCCGAAGAAGGUAGCGGAUCUUCUGAAGAGACCACUUUGGCUCCAGAACAGCCCGAGGAUUCUACUACUCAGGCUCCAGAAGAGCCCGAGGAUUCAACUACACAGGCUCCGGAAGAGCCCGAGGAUUCUACUACUCAGGCUCCGGAAGAGCCCGAGGAUUCUACUACUCAGGCUCCGGAAGAGCCCGAGGAUUCAACUACACAGGCUGCGGAAGAGCCCGAGGAUUCUACUACUCAGGCUCCGGAAGAGCCCGAUGAUUCUACAACACAAGCACCCGAAGAGCCUGAAGAUUCCACAACCCAGGCACCCAAAGAGCCUGAAGACUCUACAACCCAGGCACCUGAAGAGCCAGAGGACUCUACAACCCAGGCCCCCGAAGAGCCUGAGGAAUCCACAACCCAAGCACCCGAAGAGUCCACCACCAAUGCUCCGGAAGAGACCACAACCGAUGCCAUCGUCUAGGAUCCUGGUCCUAGUUUAAAGUCAAGGAUUCCCCAAGAGCUUCAGACUCGCUGUAAAAGUUGCUGAAAAAAAUCAAAGACAUGACGUCUCAAAACCGAUAGGUUGAAUAUUCAACAAGUUUUAUAGCAAAAAUUGUUCAAAUAUUAAACUAUUGUAACUAAAUUAUUCUCGGUGCUUCGGGCACAAACCACGUGUUACCUAUUUAUAGGACUAAGAUUGUAACCUCAUUUAAGAAAUGUUAAGUGAACUUGUCACGUACUCGUCAUUUAGUUUUGUAGUUUCCAUAAUCUUAACAAUUAAAAGAGCCUAAAAGCAAAUCAGGAAUUCCUUUAUUUUCUCGAGUUCACUUGAAAAUUCAAAACUUUAGCACUCAUUAAAACCCUUAUCGCGCUAUUGAAC